AUGUUAUCGUUUCGCUAUCGUUUCUCUUCUUUCGCAAUUCACACCCCUUUUACACAUUCUUCUUCUCCGAGACUCUUGUUCCUUCUUCCUCUUCAAUCACACACUACUCUAACCAAUAUCUUCACAAAUCACUCUCACUUCUGUGUAAAACCCAUCAAACGAAAUAAUGGCUUCUUCUCUGUUGCCAAUAACAUCCAUUCUUCUUCUUCUCUCUCCAAAGAUUCGCCAUUUUCAGGAUUGGAGGAUGUUUUUGUGAGCUUCCUCUUUGGAAAGAAAAAGGCAACCGAUGUUGCUCAUAUGGUAUGGAAACAUGUUGUCCAGAAAGGAGACACAGUCAUCGAUGCCACGUGCGGCAAUGGUUUUGACACCUUAGAGUUGCUCAAUUUGGUUGCCGAUGAUUUACACAAUGGUUAUGUGUAUGCAUUGGACAUUCAGAAAGAUGCUUUAGAUAAGACUUCAUUGUUGUUGGAAGAAUCGCUUAAUUACUAUCAGAAACAUGUCAAGCUCUUCAAUAUUUGCCAUAGUAAGAUGGAGGAAGUUGUUCAAAGGAGUUCCUCAGUUAGGCUUGUUGCCUUCAACUUAGGUUAUCUUCCGGGAGGCGACAAAGAAAUAAUAACAAGAUCCGAAACAACAUUACAAGCGUUAGAAGCUGCAGAGAGAAUUGUAAUACCAGGAGGGCUUAUUAGCGUAGUCGUAUAUGUCGGGCACCCUGGUGGAAGGGAAGAAUUGGAAACUGUUGAGACUUUUGCUGCUAGAAUGUCUGUUGAGAAUUGGAUCUGCUGCAAGCUACAAAUGUUAAACCGGCCAUGUGCUCCAAUACCAAUUUUCUUAUUCAGAAGAUAA